CACACACACACAUAGAAAUUACAAAUAACAUACACGUAGAGUAACUAAUAACCAACUAGAAACGUAAAAUUACAAAUGAAUAGGCCUACGGAAGUUCAAAUCAGCCAUUGAUGCAAAGUGAAGGCAGCACAAACGCGUUCGAACACGUGGCGCGCACUAGGCAACAGCUGACCCACCAAAACAAACCAGUACUCAGAUAAAUAUCUCGCAGCAUCUUUCCUGAGCAUCACAUCUCCCCCACAGCACCACGCCAGUAUCUCCAGUGCCACCGUAACCAUGAGUGCCAUUAGGAGUGCCAAAGCUGCUCUACGUAAGGAAAUACAAGCUAAAUUAAAGGCGCUGUCAUCUGAGGAGCAAGCGAGGCAGUCUAUGGAGGUACAGAAUAAAGUAAUGUCUCACGCGGUGUAUAGAGACAGUCAACGUGUGGCUCUGUACCUCAGCAUGGCUAAUGAGGUGGCCACGGAAAGCAUCUUACGCCACGCUCUGGAGCAAGGGAAGACGUGUUAUAUUCCGAGGUAUGACAGCAAGUCAAGCUACAUGGACAUGGUGAGGCUGCACUCGUGGCAAGAGUAUGAGUCUCUCCCUCUCACCAAGUGGAAGAUCAAGCAGCCACCGCUGAGCCAGGCCUGUGAGACAGCCCUGCAGACAGGUGGCCUGGACCUCAUCCUUGUUCCUGGCCUUGGCUUCACCGCAGAGGGACACAGGAUGGGUCGAGGCCGAGGUUACUACGACACCUACCUAGCCAAGUGCCGCGCCUCUCAGCCGUCCCCGCCACACACCAUCGCGCUGGCCUUCAAAGAACAAGUCCUCCCGCACAUACCAACUGACGAGAAUGACAUCAAGAUCGACAUUGUGGUGAUGGCGGAGUGACUGGCUGACUUGUGGUGUGUUGUGGUGACCAGGAGGUGGCUGCUAUGUUGUGGUGAUGACUGAGUGACGUGCUGUGGUGAUGGAGAUAGCUGCUGUGUUGUGGUGAUGAUUGAGUGAUGUUGUGUUGUGGUAUGUUGAGGUGAUGGAGAUAGCUGCUGUGUUGUGGUGAUGACCGAGUGAUUGCUGUGUUGUGGUGUGUUUGUGUAUUGCAGAGUUUUUUUUUAUUAAAGAGGUGUGUUGUGAUGAGUGUUGUAUGUUUUGCUAGUGUUUGUGUUGUGUUGGUUGUGUUGUGUUGAAUCCCAGAUUUUCUAGAGUUGAGUGUUGUGUGUGUUGUGAUAAUCGAGUGUUUCUCUAUUGUGUUGGAGGAAAUAUGCCAAGUUUUCUAGAGUUAUGUGGUGUUGUGUUGAAUGCAAAAUUUUCUAGGGUUGAGUGAUGUGUGUGAUGUGAUUAAUUGAGUGUUUCUCUCUUGUGUUGGAGGAGGAAUGCAAAGUUUCCUAGUUGUGUGGUGUUGUGAUGGUUGUUUACUUGUGUUGUGUUGUGUUGAAUGUCAAGUUUUCUAGGCUUGAAUUAUGUGAUAGUUGACUUUCCUUGUGUAUGUUGGAGGAUAGAUUCUAAGUUGUCUAGAGUUGUGUGUGUUGUCAUGAUUGUUUUCCAUUAUUUGUGUUAGUUAAAUGCUAAGUUUUCUAGAGAGUUGUGUGGGAUUAUAUGUUGUAAUCUGAUUGGUUUCCAGAGUUGAGUCGGUGGAAUGCUAAGUUUUCUAGAGAGUUAAGUGUUAUGUGUGUUGUAUGUAAUCUGACUGUUUUCUGGAGUUGUGUUUGUACAAUGUGAACUUCUCUAAAGAGUUGUGUGAGGUAUGUGUUGUGAUCCUUCAGUUACAAAAGACACAGGAGUACAAAUUAUAACAUGGUGCUAUUACUGAUUGCUGAUACCUGUGAUAUUGAAUGUAAUAGUGAUGUGAGAGGCUCGGAGACUUAAAGCUGUGAUGGUACCGAGAGGAGUUGAAUUAAGCACACCUGUGAUAUAUUACCUGAGAAAAGUACUAAAUCAAAUCUAUAUUGUACACCUUAGAACACUGAAAGCCAUCCUGGAAUGUUUACAAAGAUUAGUGUUAAAUUGUUCAUGAGCUGUCCAACUACAAGAGAAAGUAAUAUAAAAAAAAAAAAUAAAGGAAAAUGAUGAUGAUGAUGAUGACUUAUAUUAGAUUAGAUUAGGGUUGGGUCCAGUUAGGUUAAUGCAUAAAAAGGAUCACUUACUAAGUCACUCACACCUUUCUCUGGUAAACUCUGGAACUCCCUGCCUGUGUCUAUAUUUCCAACUUCCUGUGGUUAUACUUCAUACAAGAGGAAGGUUUCAAGACACACUUAUCACUGUCUUUUGGCUAACUCUUUCAGCACUGUAAGGGAACUGGCAACUGAGUGGGCCUUUUUUUUUUUUUUUUUUUUUACUUUUGUUGUUCUUGGCCAGUGUUUUCCUCUUACAUAUCAUUCAGUAAAGGGUAAGAGAGGCUGUGGCAAUGAAAACCCAGUACUUACUAUAAACAAGUAUAUGUACAGCAUCUCAAUACAUACAAUGGCCUGGCUGAUGGAAACACUUGCUUGCCUUCAGAUCCUCACUAACCAUAGCCAAAGUAUAUCACCACCAAUUUCUGAACCAUAACACCUGAUAAACCCUCGGCUAUUUACACCUCACAGUAACGAGAAACUUGUACUGUGGGAGAAAAAAAUAAAAAAAAAAUAAUCAGUCAAUCAAAAAAAGUAUGGAAAAAAAAAAAAAAAAUCAAAUAAACAAUCAACCAUUCACAUAAAAAUUAUAAAAUUAAAAGGAUAAUUAGGCCGAGAUACAAAUCCCUCGUUUUCUUAAUAAGGCUAUGGUAAUUUUUUCUACAUUUUCUGCAUUACUACAAAAUUUACCUUGAAAAUUUUAAAACCUUAUAACAUUUGUCUGUCUUUUCUGGUACACGACAAACCACUGAAGGGAAAAAAUUGACGGUACAUGAAGGAAGACUCGGAACAUUCCCAGAAACACAUCAAAACCUUCACAACAUCUAUCAUCAUGUUUUCUUAUUUUACUCUCCUUUCAAUCUACCUUCUCACAGUGUAACAACUUCAUUCUGUUAUAUUCAUCCAUCAGCUUCCUAAUCAUUUCUGUACUUUUAACAGUACAAAUAGAAGAGACAGUUGAUAGUUAUAUUUGAAUGGAGUCAAACUUUUAACAAGAGAAAUAGAAGAGACAGCUGAUAGUUAUAUUUAAAUGCAGUCAAACUUAAAUGAUCUUUUCAACUACAAGAGAAGAGACCAUUGCGAUAUUUGAGCCUUCUCUUCCCUAAGUUAUGGCAUUUCUCAACAUUCUUUAUUUAAAUCUAUACCUUUCAAAAUUGUAGGCAAUGAAACAAUUAUGACAUUUCAGCCUUUUCUUCCUCACUAAGCCUAUCAGAACCUUUCCAAAUACAGAUAAAAGCUAACAGUAUUUAGCUCUCAGAACCUUUCAAAACUGUAGGCAAUGAGACAGUUAUGAUAUUUCAGCCUCCUUUCUCACUAUGCAUAUCAGAACCUUUGCAAAUAGACAAGCUAACAAUAUUUAACUCGGCAUCUUUCAAAACUGUAGCCAAGACAAGUACAUAACAUUUCAGCCUUCAGUAUCUUUUAAAAAUGCAGAAAUAAAAACAAUGGCAUCUUUUAACACACUAUUUAAACCAGUAUCUUUGAAAACAGCAGCCGUGUCACAUAACCAAAGCAUUGUGAACCCACUGGAGGCACUGAAGUCUUGGCUGGACACUGGUUUGACAUUAACUGGACAUUUCUGAGUCUAGCAUUAAGUCAAGCAAAUCAGUGUCCUUUAUCCUCUGGUGGUAUACAUGUCAGAGUCUUCCGGGCUGCUCUGACCAUAAUCCUUCUCUGGUCCUGGGGGUGUCAGCUGUACAAUGGUGUCCUUCCCUUCCUCCACCACCACGGCCUCAGUCUUUGUGGGGGAGAGCGAGAGGUUAGUGUGUGUCAGGGUGAAGGAAUGUUUGUUGUGUGUUUGGUACUUCAGUGUGUUUGUGAGAGAGCUAGAGGUUAGUGUGUGUACAAGGUGAGGGAAUGUUUGUUGUUGUGUUUAGUGUUCAAGUCUUUGGUAUAUGGGAGAGCUAGAGGUUAGUGUGUGUAGGAGUGAGAGAAUGUCUCUUGUGUUUAAGUGUUUAUGAUGUGUAUCGUUGUCAGGGGGAUAUUUGUUAUUAAUCUGUGUUCGGUAUUCAAGUCUUUGGUGUUUCUGCAAGAGCAAGAGGUUAAAAUAUGUAAGUUUUUUUUUUUUUUUUUUUAAGUAAAGUUAAAAUAAAAUAUGUAAGGGGUGUUUUUUCUUUCUUUUUCCCCCCCCCAUCAUUCUGUGUUCAGUAUUUGUGGAUGGGAGUAAUAUGUUUAUCUCAGUCUCUGUGAUGGAGAGAGAUAGAUGUUUACUUGUGUGUGUGUGUGUGUGUGUGUUGGAUGAAUGGUUUUUUGCUCCUGACUGUGAGUGUUUGUGAUACAUUUGCACUCAUAACAGUCUAGUUUUAAGCUACGUCUUUGGAAGGAGAGAAGCUUUAUAAAUAAUUCUCUUAUUUCUCUAUUUUGUGAGAGUGUUUUGUUAUAAAUUUGUAUCCAUACUAACAAAGUUUUAAUCCUAUAUCUAAAAUAAUGUUCAGUAUCCAAUGUGGGUGUUUUUUGCAAUAAACCUUGUUGUUA